GACGGGCGCUCUUCCGCCGGGGCGGGCCGGGUGCCGGGUGGCGGCGUGGGGCCUCGGCUCGGUCCGGGGAGGGGAUCGCGGGCUGCGGGCGCUGUGCAGCGGUGUCCGCGUGAGGGCAUCGGUUCCCCCGCACAGCUGCUCUUCGCCCGCACGUCUGGGUGCUUUUACGCUCCGGAAUCAACCGCGGUAACAAAGCCAAGCCAAUGAACGACAGGUUGGAGGCUUUUGAUAGCCGCGUGCCGUGCUUUUCAUCUGACGCGGUCUGAUCGCUUCCCGCAGCGAUGGCAGCCAGUCCCAUCGUGACGUCUAAGCGGCGGGACGAGGCGGUCCGCGGGGUCCGCACCGAGGUGGUUUGCACCGCGUUCUCCAACUCCAUCCUCGUGGUGGUCACGCAGUACGGCAAGAUGGGCACGCUCGUCUACGUGGACCCCGACACCAUAGGGGACAACGUUGGCAGGCCUUCGCUCAGCACCAAAGUGCUGCUGGGCAAGGAUGAGCCCCUCGUCCACGUUUGUGCCAAAAACCUGGUGGCAUUUGUGUCUCAGGAAGCUGGGAACAAACCUGUUCUUCUCGCUAUGGCUUUGAAGGACAAGACCAUGGAAGGAAUACAAGCUCUACGGGAAGUGAUCCGAAGUUGCCAAGUGUGGUGAAGUUGUACCAUCUGGAUUCAAGGAAAUGAUCUGGAGUCCGUGACUCAUCACCACUUUUUUGAGAGGACAAGAAAUGAAAAUGAUGGAAUGUCUUUGUGCUGGUUUUGGACACGCUUAGGAAUGUGAUGAAUUUUUCUCUACUGUGUAGAAUGGUUGUGGGUUUUGUUCCUCUGACAGGUUUGCGGUCCAGAUAGUUGGUGAUGAGAUGAGAACAAUAGCCUCAGUAUACAAAAGAAAUGUUAUAUUUGUCACCUGGGGAGGGAUGUAUAUCUGGGAAACAUCACAGCUCUGCAUUUGUGCCCGAGGAGUGAUGGAUGCCAAGCUCUGUAGCUACACUGUACCGCAAAGGGGAACACCCAGUGCAGAGUGAGUAAAAGAAACAUUGAUGAAUCUAAUUUUACAUGGUUGGUUGUUUUUUUUUGCUCUGCAAAAAUCACUUCAAUUGAAAUGCAAGCCUCUGUAACAAAUAAACAGCAAUUGCAUAAUAGGAAA